CUGAGAACUCUUGAUGAACACACAAUAGCUGAUUUACAUCUCAUUAGAGAGCUGAGAGUAGAGGUAACAGCAGUCAGAACACAGACCAGAGCAUAAGUAUGAAGUUUAACACAGCUUUGAGUGUUGUUGGAACCUUACUUCUCAACAUAGCAGGUUCUCUCUGCCAGUUAGAUGUAUGUGGUCAAGCUCCCCUCAACAACAAGAUUGUUGGAGGAGAAAAUGCAGCGGCAGGGUCGUGGCCGUGGCAAGUCAGCAUUCAAAAUGUCAAGUCUGGCCAUUUUUGUGGCGGGAGUCUGAUUAAUAAAGACUGGGUUUUGUCUGCUGCUCACUGCUUCCAGAGCUUCUCCAUAUCUGACCUUGAGAUCUACCUAGGACUUCGGAGCCAAUCAGGCUCAGACCCUAAUAAGAUAAAGAGUACAGUGAGUCAAGUCAUUAACCAUCCUAACUAUAACAAUCCUAGCGAUGACAACGACAUAGCCCUGCUCCAGCUCUCUUCCUCCGUGACUUUCUCUGAUUAUAUUAAGCCAGUCUGUCUGGCUGCUGCUGGUAGUACAUUUGGUGCAGGUACAGAGAGCUGGGUCACUGGAUGGGGCACGUUAACAUCUGGAGGCACCCAGGCUCCUGACAUACUGCAGGAGGUGAUGAUACCAAUUGUGAGCAACAGUGACUGUAAUAAUGCUUAUGGAGGUGGCAUCACAAGCAAUAUGAUUUGUGCUGGAUUGUUAAAUCAGGGAGGGAAAGAUGCAUGUCAGGGAGACUCUGGAGGUCCAAUGGUCAGUAGGAACGGCUCCGUGUGGAUUCAGUCUGGCAUUGUGAGUUUUGGUAUAGGAUGUGCUGACCCCAAAUAUCCUGGUGUGUACGCCCGAGUGUCUCGGUACCAGGAUUGGAUCAACUCUAAGAUAACCAGCAACCAGCCUGGAUUUGUCGAAUUCAAUUCCAAUGGAUUCAGAAGCUCACCUAACCUGCUUUUAUUUUCAAUUUCUCUCACAUUCUCCAUUAUUCCUUUCAUAUGCUCCGUAUUUCUCUCUUCAUAGAGAUUAUUUGAAUGACAAUACUCAGGGUUCUUUGAUUAAAAGGACAAUUGUACUGUACAAGUUCUCAUAGGCGAAGAGAGCAGGUAUAUGGUUAUGCUGUCAUUUAUUCUUUAUCAUUUAAAAAUAUACUAAUCUUGGAAAGCUACUCUUAUGAUUGAGUUUUUACAUUUAAAGAUUGUGCAUUAAUAAAGUUCAGCAAGCAUGUGCCCUCAGAAUGUUUGAAUAAUGAAGGUGCAGUUUAUGAUAUUUGGCCUUUGAGACACAUAAUUCUUUGAAGCUAAUUAUUUUCUUCACUUUGGGUCAGAACUGAUAUUUAGAGACUAUAUAAGAGCCUACUGAAUUUAUUUUGACUAGUUGUAUUUCACUGCAAAUGCACUAGAGCCACUUUUGUAUUAAUAUAUUAUUUACAAUAACACUCAGUCUGUCUGAAUAUCUGUAAUUAAAGCAUGUGUGCUUUGGAAUGUGAUCAGAGAUAUUGGUUAUUAAAGAUAAUUUAAUUUUCAAACAGUUGUAGUCACACAGUUUAACAAAACUAUAGAUGUCCAUUUCCGCCACAUGAUUUCUUGUAAUUGUGAUUUUAUAUCUCACAGUGUGACUUCAAAGUUCAGUCAAGUCAUUUAUCUCAUUCUUUCCCAGUAGCAGAUAAGAGGCUGAGGCAUGAAUUACAUAACCUUUUUGCUAUAUGAGACUGUUAAUGCGCAUGCAAGUUAGUAUAUUGAUUAACAUACAUUUCUUUUAUGGUUUGUAAACAUUCUCUCUCCAUUAGGGGGUCCAUCUCUCUACCCAUUGAGGGGUAAAUAUUAGGGAGCAGUUGUGAGAGUCGGAUGUGGGUUCGAUCCAUGGCUUGCAGUGUGUGUUCAUACACACUGCUCCUAAUGUGUGUGCAUUAACUUGGAUGAGUUGAAUGCAGAGGACAAAUUCUGAGUAUGGGUUACCAUACUUGGCCUUCACUUCACUUUCCUUUUCCUCACAAAAAUAAUGCCGCUUCAAGAUAAGUGCGCAUUGAGAGCUCAUAUCGGCCGCGAAAGGGGUGUUCUCAAGCACCCUUCUGAAACCCAAAAUGACAAACGGGACACCCUGUCUUUUGGACUUAACACGCACGAGCCAUUUGGGGCAGGGAAAAUGAUUUCCUUCCAGAGACUCAUGCCAUCUAGUGGCAACAUAAUAUCCACACUAUACACUCAACCACUCACAAAGUAAUCUAGUUAUGGAAGCUCAUUUCCGCCACGGAAUAAAUAAAAUAAGAGUUUAUAUCUCACAAUUCUAAGAAUAAAUUCAAAAUCGUGAGUUAUAAACUCCCAGGAUGCGAGAAAAAAGUCAGAAGUGUAAGAGAAAAUUAUCUUUUUAUUUUUUAUAUUUCGUGGCGGAAACAAGCUGCUUUAUAGGCCUAAUUCUAUUAUACCUUGCCACCAAUAGGCUACUGGCUGGAGUAAAAAGUGUGACAACUAGCCCUAAUUUCACAUGUGUUAAGUAGGCCUAAUAAUAUGUGACUGACAUAGGAAUGUAUAAAAUUAGUAACUUGCCAUACGAGUGUAUAAAAAUAGUAACUAUUGCCAUACGAGUGUGUUAAAGCCGUUUCAAAUUGGCUAAAAUCAGUGUGUGAGUUUAGGGACAACACUUGUGUUAAUUUUGACACAUUCAUUGUGUUAAUUUUGACACAUUCAUUGUGUUAAUGAUUUUAACACAGUAAAUGUGUCAGGAAGGUGAUCUGCUGUUAACAAGCAGAAUCAAAGGAGAAAAUCAAAAUGUUUAAGUCACCAUCAUGGAGAUCAGGCUUUGCUUUAGUUGGGCUCUUGACCUUUUAAUAGUAGAUUUUCUAUGGGCUGUUGUAACUGAGUUAGCAAGCAAAGAGACAAGCAAAGAGAAAAGAUGAUCAGGUGGUGUUGGUUAUGUUUUCACAUAAUAAUUAUUUGACCUGAAUCACCAAACUCAUUUAGAGCCCAAAAUUUUUUCAAAUCAAAAAAUGACUUUCUGUUACAGAACAAAGCAUUGAUUUCACUGUAGAGGACAUCAGGACUUAAAGCAUGUUUAUCAGGCAUUUUAGGAGACACAACAAGUGAAUAUGGAAAUAAAUUAUACAUCAAUAUUCCUAUGAAAUAUUAGAUAUUAUUAUUAAAAUGUUGCCAAUUAUUACUCCAAUUAUUCCAAUUAUUCAAAUGUUUUAAUGAAGGAUUUGUGCAAUUGAGAAAUAUAAUUUUCUCUUUCACUUAUGUUCUUAUAAUAAAACAUAACUGUUUGUGCA